CUCUGAAGCAUGGGAAUUGUAGUCUUCGUGCUUAGGGCUUAAUUUCUUCGAGAACUACAUUUCCCAGAAAACUCCUCUUCCGGCAGGUCUGCCCUUCCCUGCCGCGGUCCGGCUCGGCAGCAUUAUGCAAGCUGAACAUGUUAUCUGCUAGGAAGUUGUCUGGAGUUUGCAGAGCCAUCAGAUUCCAUCAUUGCAGGUCCCAGUCUGUAUCCAGAACCUCUCCAAACUUGGCUUUUGUGCCAGCCUGUCUUCCCCCAGAUCCUGUGGAAGUAGAAGAGCUGCAGCACUUUGUUUCUAACUCCAAGAGGCUGUUUGUAAUGACUGGAGCUGGAAUCUCAACUGAAUCUGGGAUCCCAGAUUACCGCUCUGAGGGUGUUGGACUCUACGCCAGGACAGACAGACGGCCCAUCCAGCAUGCUGAGUUCAUCCGUAGCGCCAGUGCCCGGCAGCGGUACUGGGCAAGAAACUUUGUGGGCUGGCCCCAGUUCUCCUCCCAUCAGCCGAACACAGCACACCUGGUACUAAGAAACUGGGAAAAGCUGGGGAAGCUGCACUGGCUGGUGACCCAGAAUGUGGAUGCUCUUCACACCAAAGCUGGGAGCCAGCGCAUGACAGAAUUGCACGGCUGCACACACAGGGUUUUCUGCCUGGCCUGUGGUGACCAAAUCUUGCGCUCCGAGCUUCAGGAGCACUUUGAAGCUCUAAAUCCUACCUGGAAAGCUGAAGCAUUUGGUGUGGCUCCAGAUGGGGAUGUCUUCUUGACGGAUGAGCAGGUGUGUAAUUUCCAAGUCCCAGCCUGCAGUAAAUGUGGGGGAAUCCUGAAGCCCGAUGUUACAUUCUUUGGAGACACAGUGAGCCGGGAAAAAGUGAGUUUUGUGCACGAACGCCUGGCGGAAUCAGACUCCAUGCUGGUGGCAGGAUCCUCUAUGCAGGUAUACUCUGGCUACAGGUUUGCUCUCGCUGCCCGGGAGAAGCAGCUGCCAAUUGCGAUCCUUAACAUUGGGCCUACGAGGUUAGAUCACUUUGCAUCCUUAAAACUCAAUUCCCGCUGUGGAGAGCUGCUGCCUUUGAUUGUUGUAGAUGACACAACAAGCUGAGCUUCUGUAGCUAUCAGGAGUAAAAUUAUUUCUACAAGGUGAGUACCUCCCUGGUCAGUCACCUUACAGGGUAAGAAGAUGGGUUCCCAUCAAAAGCUGAGGCUGAGAUGUGCUGAUUAAAAAUAUGUCCCCACAGUGUGCACUAAAAUAUGGCUGUAAAUUUUCAUCUGUUCACAUGGGCCAUGAUACUGUUUCCCAUGAUCAUAAACAAAAAGCAUACUAAGUGCUAACACUCCCAGAAAACUGGGCAAGAGUAGCCAGAAGACUCAGCAGUGUUGAAUUCCCAUCUGUUUGUCACUCAGAAAACUACAGAGUAUCAUCUGCGGAUUCAGAGAACCUGAUCAACACGGCCUUCGCAACUGACAAUUCAAAAGCUGUGCCUGGUUGAACUGAUCCAGCUAAUCCUAAUCAAAACACUCCUGUUUAAAAUAAUCAACUCCACCUAUAAAGCAGCUUCUUUCUUCCCUCCAUUCGUGCAGGAUUCAUCAUCUCAGCAGGGGAAAACCUCAAUCUAAGAGGCAGCUGUGAGAUCCAGUGCGUGGCCCCUGAUGACACCAGGAGAGGGCAGCAAGCCUCGCACAUGUCAACCUGAGCAGUUUGCUCCAUUGAAACUGUAUCUCCACUUAAACAGGAUGAUGAUGAUGAAAAAAGUACUUUUCUGCUUUACUUUGCCAUUGUAAACAGUGCCUUUUCAUUCACUGGGACAGGAUAAUCAGACUACCAUAUCUGAGAACAAAAUACCUUUCUUAUAAUUGUCCCCAGAGCAGAGUGAGGGACAGGGAUUUUGACUGAGUGACUUGAGGCUAUAGCACAGGGGGCGAUGUGGAAAACCACAGUAUCUGCUUGAGGAUUCAGUACCACUAGCUGGCAGCUGUAGAGCAUGCGAAGAGGAAAAGGAGGCAAGAGGAACUGCAGUUGUCAUUUAAAAAAAAAAAUGGUUCAAAAUAGAAGCUGAACAAGAAUACUGCUCUUGUAAGAGAUUAUUUGAAAGCACAGACUACAAGGCUGACUACUUCCAGCAAGGAGGAGAAGUCAGCAUUUCUCUCAACUGUCAGCUGACAAGCUAAACUGCUUACUAUCUGAACCCUUUAAAAAUUAUAUAUUAUUGAGAUGCCAGAGGAGUUGCUUCAAGCUAAUCUGACCAGCACUGCUUUCAUUGUGGGCUGCUACAUUUUCCAGAAUGCAUUUUUGAAGAUGUUAUUUAAUUAAUGAAUAGCUAAGUAGUGAAUUAAAAUUGUUUACAAGAUUGA